UCCCCCAAUCCGACACUUAAUUGAGCUACCGGGACACCUCACGUGCAGGACUGAUUUGUAGUUUGAACACGUGGCUCAUUGAAAAAGCCAGAAGAAUUUAGUUUUUUUUUUCUUUCUUUCUUUCUUUCCGUUCUCUCGAUGUUAUUAAGAGGCGGCGCCUACACAGACGAGUGUGACAAUUUAGUAGCAUCGCCAAAGAAUAAAGAAACUUUCUCUAUUUUCUUCCCGGCCCUUGCUUCGCAGAGGUGACGGAAUAAAUAAUUCAGCACCUUUAAAUCAAGAGCAAAGGCGAGUGCGCGCAACCACGGCGGCGAUCUCGUCCAUCAAAUAUCUCAGUAGCUUGGAGUGAUUGGGAGAACACUCCCAGACCCUCCGCUGAGCGACAGUGCGGUUCUCUCUCUCCAAAACACUGCCCAUCCGAGCGACGCGAUAAAGGGCUGCCCCUCUGCAACACGGUCGCCCUUUUCCGUAUACAACAAAAUGAAUAAGCUCUACAUCGGGAACGUCAGCGAGCAGGCGAGCGCGCCGGACUUGGAAAGUAUCUUCGAGCAGUGGAAGAUACCUUUCAGUGCACCCUUUCUCGUAAAAAGUGGCUACGCGUUUGUGGAUUGCCCCGACGAAAAGGUAGCGAUGAGGGCCAUUGACACUCUUUCAGGCAAAGUAGAACUCCACGGAAAAGUAUUGGAAGUGGAGCACUCUGUCCCUAAACGACAAAGGAGCUGCAAGCUGCAGAUCAGGAAUAUCCCUCCUCACAUGCAGUGGGAAGUUUUAGACGGGAUGUUAGCACAGUACGGCACAGUGGAGAGCUGUGAACAAGUCAACACUGAUACGGAGACCGCUGUUGUUAACGUGCGAUAUGCCGCUAAGGACCAAGCCAGAGAAGCAUUGGAUAAAUUAAAUGGCUUCCUUAUGGAGAACUACGCACUAAAGGUUUCCUAUAUCCCAGACGAAACGGCUGCAGAAGAUGCCCCUGCCAUGGGUGGCAGGAGAGGUUUCAACUCACGUGGACCGCCUCGCCAAGGCUCUCCCAAUCUGGGCGCAAGACCUAAACUACAGUCAGACGUGCCUCUACGCAUGUUGGUGCCCACACAGUUUGUAGGAGCUAUUAUUGGCAAAGAAGGUGCUACCAUCCGCAACAUAACCAAGCAGACUCAUUCAAAGAUUGAUAUCCAUCGUAAGGAAAAUGCAGGGGCAGCGGAGAAGCCCAUCACUGUUCACUCCACACCAGAGGGCUGCAGUUCUGCCUGUCGAAACAUCAUGGAGAUCAUGCAGAAAGAGGCAAUCGACACCAAGAUCACUGAAGAAAUCCCUCUGAAGAUUCUGGCUCAUAAUAACUUCGUUGGCCGCCUGAUUGGAAAAGAGGGCCGCAACUUGAAGAAAAUCGAACAAGAUACGGACACAAAGAUCACAAUUUCACCUCUGCAGGAUCUGACAUUGUAUAACCCAGAGCGCACCAUCACCGUAAAGGGCACAUUAGAGGCUUGUGCAAAAGCCGAAGAAGAAAUCAUGAAGAAAAUCCGUGAGUCCUACGAGAACGAUGUAGCUGCUAUGCAUCUACAGUCUAACCUGAUUCCAGGGCUCAAUCUGAACGCAUUGGGUAUUUUUCCCGGUGCAGCGAGUGGAGGGAUGUCACCCUCUGUGGUAUCAGGACCUCCAGCUGGGGCUCAAUCAUUUGGGUGCAGCGUGUUUGGGGGUGAGGUGCCAUUUUGGGCCUCUACACUCUCCUCCAGCAGCAGCACAGCCUUUUCUCCACAGGUGGAGUCAGAAACCGUGCACCUCUUCAUUCCUGCUCUGGCAGUUGGUGCUAUUAUCGGCAAGCAGGGCCAGCACAUUAAACAGCUCAGCCGCUUUGCUGGUGCAUCUAUCAAAAUUGCACCUGCUGAUGAAUUGGACACCAAGCAAAGAAUGGUCAUUAUUACUGGACCGCCAGAGGCACAGUUCAAGGCUCAGGGACGUAUCUUCGGGAAGUUAAAAGAGGAAAACUUCUUUGGUCCGAAGGAGGAGGUUAAAUUAGAGGCUCACAUAAAAGUGCCAUCAUUCGCCGCUGGCAGAGUCAUUGGCAAAGGAGGCAAAACGGUGAAUGAACUACAGAACUUGACCAGUGCAGAGGUGGUUGUCCCCCGGGACCAGACGCCUGAUGAAAAUGAUGAAGUAGUAGUAAAAAUCACAGGCCACUUCUAUGCAAGCCAGCUGGCCCAGAGGAAGAUCCAGGAGAUUAUCUCUCAGGUGAGGCGGCAGCAGCAGCCCAAGGCCCCGGCCGCAGGUCCACCAGUCGCCAGGAGGAAAUAGAGCCACUGCGUCUUCUCGGAGACUGAAAGGACACGGGAUGCGUCCAUCUCAGGGGUCAGGGAAUGUCCUUACAACCCCACCCGCUUUUACACCCAUUCCUUCCGAAAGUUUCAGUGAGAUUAUACACACCUGCACCCCCACCCCCCCACCACAGUCCCCCACCCUUCAAUCAAAACAUAAAAAAAAUCUGCCACCCAGUCCUUGCCUUAAUACGGUAACUGCACAGACCUUAAUUGACAGACGUUAAACUUUGUUUUUGUUAUGAGUUUACUGGGAAAUGCAACAUCUGAGUGUAAAAGGCAUUUCAAGCCUGUGGGGUAAGGAAUGGGUGACACAGGGUGGGGUUUAAGGUCUUUGGCUUGAGAUGGAAAGAGGAUUGUUGAUGGAAGUACGCUGUCCCGGGAUCCAUAGUGGCAUUUUAUAAAUUCUGAUGCAUUUUAUAGAUUAAUAGAUAUAUAUACAUAUAUAAAAUUAUAAAAGAAGGUGGAGCAACACUGCCACUUAUGACUGAGGGAAGUGUUGAUUGGUGUUGGCCAAGUUAAUAUGCAUUUUACUGAUCUACCUCAGGCUAGAGUACCUCAGAGAGAAAAAAAAGAAAGAAAAUGAUAUAUGAAAAAAUGUUCCGUUCUUUUUUUUUUAUUUUGCUUUGUGGUAUUUUGUAUACUUUAUAAAGCUAAUAGUUCUUGAACAUUUUUAUUUUUUUAAGAAAAUGUAAAAUUCAGUCUGUAGUUAACGGAUGAAUCUCGAACUCCGCCUUGCUCUGUUUGCCGCGUGCGCGAUGAAUAACUGUAUAUACGUUUGCGUGCGUGGCUUGGUUAAUAGAGUGGAGUUUGAGCUUCUGUGUUAGCUACAGAUAGGAGAAAGAAAAGAAAAGCGCCUCAGUGUCGCUGAGGAGCCACCACCCUCUGAACACCGUCAAGGUAAUGAGAAAUAACGCCAACCGUACAUACCGCAGCAAUGCCUUGCUAAAAUGCGAAUAACUAUCGGCGGUGGCAGACGUUUCACCCGCAUUUCAUUGCACUUCAGUUAGGGUUGGAUGCAAGCAAUAGAGGUCAGGGAUAAACAAGGUCCUGCUGUAACCUCUUUGACACCCCCUCAUCCUCAGUGCGACUAGUUGUCUAUCAAAUUAAAAUAACGACCAGCCCAAUUGAGGUUGUUUUUUCUUUUCCCGUGCUCAUCGUUUUUGCUCCCUUUCCUUUUCCAAAUAAUCAGCUCCGUUUGGUCUUGGGACGGGCGUUUUUUUGGUUUUGUUUUUGCAUCAAACUGGGCUUUACAUGCCGAUGAUUUUCAGUGUUUAACGUCAGUCAGGGGUUCGGGGAGUUACACUGUUCUCAUGCUUUUGCGUUGAUAGCUAGGUUACAAUAGUCGAGGGCACGCGUCUAGGCUAACGAGCAAUAACGUAGAGAUGGACGCGCGAAUGGUUUCAUUUAUAGCUUUCGUUUAUCAUUCAAAGUGAAAAAAGCAAAAAAUAUAUAUGAACUUUAGCAAAGAAACAACGUUUAGUAAAGAAACUGAGAAACCAAUAUUCCUUUUGUUUUCAUGCAGAAUGUAAAUAUGAUUUGAUUGUGGUAAGAGUGCAUCCAUGCUUCCACACUAGUAAGACCAUUGUCUACCUCAGCUGAGGAAAGGGUGGGCUCCGUCUCACCUGAGACCUCCAGCGCGCGCAGCGAUACCUCAAGUCCCUCGCGAACAAUUCCGCACUGGGUACGCGCGUGGCGCCGAGCGCUGACCAGAGGGGCACAAGUGAUCAUUUUGUUUUUCUUUCCACCCUUCUCUUACACAGUUUUUGAUCUACCUCUUAUUAGAAAAUUAUUUAAAUUAGAGGCAUAUUGCUAUGUGUUAGAAUCUAUAAGGUCAUGUUCCAUCUGCCCCUUUCCUCACAGAAAAAAAAAUAUCAUUAAAAAAAAAAAUCAUGUAUGGUUAGACUUUAAAGAUGAGUGAGAAUUAUUUCGUUUUUUGCCAGCAAUUUAUUCUCUGCUAACUGAUUUGAAACCUCACCUGCUUUUUCUUUCUGCUUCUUGGUUUGGUGAUGUGGCUUCCUUGUAUUGGGCUUUAUUUCUUGCAUAAGUAUUGUAUUAAAAGUCAAAGUGUUUAUUUGGGAUCUGAUUAAUGAUGGCUAUAGAAAAGGUUGUUUUCAAGGGCCUGCUUCAUUUCUUGCUUAUGAAAUAUGAACAAUGAAGUCUUUAUUAUGUUACUUUUUUCAUGUCUUAUGGAUGCUAUAGUGUUUUUUUUUCUUCUGAUUUUUUUUUUUUUUUUUUUUUUGUUUGUUUUUUGACUGGGAUCUGAUCCAAUUUCAUUUCAUGGCUGUGUUGUGUGGUGAGUCAUGUUUCAGUGGGAAUGUGAUGUGGAAAUCCAGGAGCUGGAAUAGUUCCGGGUUCAAAAGUGGUCUGAUUUCAGCAUGAUAAGCAACAUCCCCUCCGACCGUGCUUGUGCGCCCUCACACACCUCCACUUGUCAAAUUCCUCUGAUACAAAGAAAAUAAAAGUCAAGUUGGCUCCUA